AUGUCGAUGGCAACUUUCAGUGGAAAACGGUACUUCGUGACAUUCAUUGAUGACAAGUCAAGAUACUGUGUCGUCUAUCUGCUCAAGAGCAAAUCUGAAGUUGCGGCGAAGUUCAUGGAAUACGCUGCGAUGGCCGAAACGCAAACCGGAAAGCGCGUGAAGUACCUUCAAAGCGACAAUGGGGGUGAAUACAAGUCCGACAAGCUGGCACGAUUCUGCGCGGAACAGGGAAUACAACAAAGGUUCACACCCCCAUAUACUCCUCAGCUAAACGGAGUAGCUGAGAGAAUGAAUCGCACGCUGGUCGAGUGUGCGCGUUGCAUGAUGGAACACGCUGGACUGGGAAAGAGCUACUGGGGUGAAGCAGUGAUGACGGCGAUGUUUCUUCGAAACCGCUGUCCAACACGUGCCAUUCACCAAGACAAGUCUCCAUAUCAAGUGUGGACGAUGAAGAAACCGAUUCUGGCCAACCUUAAAGUGUUUGGAUGCCACGCGUAUGUUCAAGUGCCUCAAGACAAACGCGCGAAGUUCGACUCAAGUCAUCACUCUGUCGUUUCCUGGGAUACGCCGAACACCAGAAGUCAUAUCGAUUUGAGGAAGUGUCAACAGGAGCGAUCAAGAUCAGUCGCGAUGCCACAUUCAUGGAAGACAAGUUUGAUGAAGGUCCGCGCAACUACAACGAUGAGUCAAGUGUCGUUGAGUUUGAUGAUCAUGAUGAGGACGAAGAAAAAAGAAGAAGGUAAAACUGACGACGACAUGGACUCGAGCGACGAUGACAACGAAGACACCAGGUCUUCGAAGAGCAACAUCAAGAGACACACGCGCACUCAAUCACUUGAGAAAGCUACCGUCAUUCAAGUCCCAAGCGAAGAACAUACAGAGGUCCGUCGCUUGAGCAUGUGUCAGCGGCUGCAAUGGAUUUUGAAGCAGCCUACAUCGUUGAUUCAGUGGGGGAAACGCCGACUACAUUCAAAGAAACGACACGUGGGAAAUCGUGCCUCUUCCGAAGGUCGCAAGGCCAUCGGGUGCCGAUGGGUUUUUCGUGUAAAGGAGAAUCAAGAUGGCGAAGUUGAACGUUUCAAGGCAAGACUUGUGGCCAAAGGAUUCUCACAGAAAUUCGGAGUUGACUAUGAAGAAACUUUCGCACCGGUGGCCAAGUUCACAUCGAUUCGUGUGGUGCUCAGUAUGGCGGCUAAGUACGGCCUAAUGCUACAUCAGAUGGACGUCAAGACAGCGUUUCUUAACGGCUCCCUCAACGAAGACAUCUACAUGGACCAGCCGGACGGAUACCUGGAUGCAACACAGCCGGACUAUGUGUGCAAGCUAAAGAGAUCACUCUACGGCUUGAAGCAAUCGCCUCGCAUGUGGAACCAAACAAUCGAUGGGUUCAUGAUCAAGAUGGGAUUCAAGAAGUGCGAAUCGGACCACUGCAUCUACAUCAAGCGAGACGACCAAGACAUGAUUCUCGUGGUGCUCUACGUCGAUGAUCUCAUCCUGGCCAGCAGCAACAACGAACUCCUCAAGUCAACCAAGAUGGCGCUGAGCAAACGCUUCGAAAUGACGGAUCUCGGUGAGCUCGAUUACUUUCUCGGCAUGGAGAUCAAGAACGACCGUAAGACGGGAAUGGUGACUGUACAACAAACCAAGUUUCUCAAGUCCGUGUUAACCAAGUUCGGAAUGGAUAACAGCAAGCCAGUGAAGACGCCUCAAGAUCCCGGCCUGAAGCUAACCAAGAACAUGUGUGAACAAGAAUGCAAGCACGAAGACACCAUGUGCAACGUGCCAUAUCGAAGUGCUGUCGGAGGCAUCAUGUAUCUCAUGGUCGCCACACGUCCGGAUCUAGCUGCUGCAGUGGGAUCAUUAUCCCAGUUCUCGUCCGACCCAUGCCCGACUCACUGGCAAGCUUUGAAGCGUGUGCUGAGAUACCUGCAAGCAACGCCCAAUCAUGGUCUUGAGUUUACACGUGAAGAAGGAAGCCGUAUCUGCGGGUACACCGACGCAGACUGGGCCGGCGACAUUGAGUCAAGACGAAGUACAAGCGGCUAUGUGUUCAUGAUGAGCGGAGGAUGCAUCAGCUGGAAAAGCCAGAAACAACGGACGGUCGCGCUAUCUUCAACAGAAGCAGAAUACAUGGCGCUUUCCGAAGCAACCAAAGAAGCAGUAUGGCUCAAAGUGCUUUUGGGGGAACUUGGUGAGAUGACAAGCGACGAAGCGAUCAAGAUGUAUGAAGACAACCAAGGAUCAAUCGCUCUCGCCAAGAACCCGGAGUUCCAUAAGAGAACAAAACACAUCGACAUACGCUACCAUUUUGUGCGUGAGAAGGUGGAAUCAGGUGAAGUCGUUUUGGAGUAUUGCCCGACUCAAGAUAUGCUGGCAGACAUGAUGACCAAGCCGAUCGCCGCUGUACAAUUUGAAAACAUUCGCGAUCGACUUGGGAUCCAAGGUGCCGCAGCUAACGAGUCGAGAGGGAGUGUUGAAAAGACAGCGGCUGUGAAGAAGACACCUCGUCAAGCUGCGUCAAGUGUUGAAGCAAGUGGAAGACCAAGCUUCGCUAUACCGGUGGGUACCGGUAUGUACCAGUAA